AUGACGAGACUAGUAACUCCUGAAAGCGGAAUUCCACAAAAACUAGCUCCAAUGCAACUGUUACAUUGGCUACCAGGCAUGGGAAGUGCUCCUACGAUCAUGCAAGCUCCACCGGAAAAAGAGGAAGGCAACGUACAACCAAUGGAGGCAGGUAUGACUACAGCGGCUAGAAAACUUACCUACUCAGCUGGAUCUCAAAAGCAAACAAUGGCCGAGGCUGUUAAAGGUAACAGAGUUCAAAACCAGGGCAUGCAACUCAAAUUCUAUCCUCCGAUGGCGAAGGAUGGCGUGAAAAUUGCCAAACUAAAUCCAAAGGAGAUAGAAUUGCAAACCCAGAAAUGGAAGACUGCAUUAAUAGGUUAUGUCCUAGGGGGCAACCCGUCGUUCAAAGAAAUGCUUAAGUUUGUCUAUGGAGUUUGGAAUGCUGUUACAGCUCCAACAGUGUUGUUACACGACGAUGGGUACUUCAUUUUUAAGUUUGACUCUAUGGAGGACAAAAACCUAAUAAUGCAAAAUGGCCCUUAUACGUUCAAUGGUAAGCCUAUGAUUUUGAAGGACUGGGAUCCAAAUUUCCAGAUCCAGAAUGAAUCAAUGAGAAUUGUUCCAAUUUGGGUCAAUUUUCCUGGUUUACCAAUUCAAUGCUGGGCAGAGGAGAACUUAGGGAGAAUAGCUUGCCUAUUAGGAAAACCUUUAUGCACUGACAAACUAACUGCUGCGUGUGAAAGAGUUUCUUAUGCUAGAGUCCUUGUGGAGAUGGACAUAACUCAACCUUUGCCUGAUGAAGUCUAUAUUGAGAUACCAGAUGGGAGAAGUUGGUUGCAGAAUGUGGAAUUUGAAUGGAAAUCGACAUUCUGUCUAGACUGUAACUCAUUUGGGCAUAAGACUGGGGAUUGUCAAAAGGAGGUGCAACAAGAAUAA